AUGAAUGUUUUGUUGUUGAUCUGUUGCCUCUGGCAACCGCGUUUUGGCGACGCGACCAAGGGAGGUGAUGCCGCCAACACCGUGAUUCUCGAGAUCCCCACAACCACACCUACAAACCCGGGGAACCAUGGCACGCCAUGUCCGGCGCCGCCAAAUCCAUCCUUCCCGAAUAUCGAUCGCUAUUACCAGCACGCAUACCAGCCCUCAGCAUACGCGACGUCAACAACAUCGUACCUCCAGGAUGAUACCACGAGCGCAUUAGAAUACACAACAGAACUCCAAAACAAUUUUCGGAACGCGAAGCCCAGAAGGCGACCACGAGAUGCGGCGCGAAAGGCCACUUUCAACCCGUCCAUAGAUAUAUUCGAGGACGUGGCACUAGAGGAGCAGCAACAACAAGCACCGGAAGUGGCCAGGAGGAGCAGGACUUCGCUUUUACCAAAAGAAGGAAACUCUGGAAGAAGUGCUAUACUGGCGCAACCGGCGCAAAAGAUUCCAAUUGUUGCGCCACCUGUAAAGAAGGAACCACCGCCGAAGAUCGUGAGACCAACCGCAAGACGACGGGUGUCGUCGAUACUCGCGGAUCGGGCUGGCGAAGAGGCAGAAAACACAGUACUUAUGCAGAAGGAGGCCAUCAGAGAGCGCAGGAAAUCUGAGAUUAAGAAGAACCCGCGCCGGAGGACCAUAUACGUUCCAUCCGAUGACACGACCAUGAUCACGAUACAUCCAGGAGCUCCGACGCACAAGUACAAAGAAGGCCGGGUGAAGUCUCCUGACUUUGGACUCGAGUUAGUGACGCUUUCAGAGGAGGAACCGGAAAACCUUGUCCCAGCCAUGAAACAGGACAAGAAGACUUCACGACAAUCUCUAGCAAGGCCUCCCAAACGAGGACCCUUGCAACACACCUCCCGCCCUCUACAAACCGUAUCGUUUUCAGAGGAUCUCGCGGGAAAGGGCGGCGGGAAGGAAAAUGUGCCCCCUGGAUCCUUUUCGAUCGACGACCAAAAAACUGCUAAGAAAGAAAGUCAAUUCAACUUCUCCAAAGCAGGAUCUGGACAUAGAGCGUCGAAGCCAGCAAGGGUGCGUUUUGCCUCCUCCCAAGCAGCUGAGCCUGUUCCAGUCUCCAGGGUCAAGGUGGACGGUAGUCGCAAACGAGUCAAUUCGGAAAUCGGCCACUCUGGAUCCCCUGCCAAAUCCCACAAGGUUCGCGCGGAUGGGGUUUCUGCUCCCACUGCUGCCCGAAAGGCGACCUCGCGAAGGAUCUCGAAAGCACUACCCCCGGCAUCUUCGUCUCCGUUUCAGCCAAAGGAUUCUCCGCCGUCUGCUUUACGCAGAAAGCGGCCAGAACGUCCACCCUCGAAACUCAGUGUCCCCAUCGUUGCGCAUGAAAGGAGAAAGCAACCAGAGAAAUAUCCAGUGUUGUCCGAGGAUCUCUGCAGACCGGAGUUGUAUGAAGAUCAAUGGCUGAACUACCAAGAGGUAGCCAUCACGCAACUCCUGAAUUCCUUCUUCGACUCAGCAAACAAAGGGGCCAGCCUUGACAUGGACCCAGGUGACCUCCGGAAAGCUUUGAUCAAGAUAUAUCACGAGCCAGCGGUUCCGUUACUCCACAAACGCAUCCAAGCGUCGCUACUCUAUGGGGCGCUGAGUAUCCCUAAAGACCUACUGGCUCAGACGUUACGGAUCAAAGAUGACGUAGGACUUCGCCGCAAAUUCCUCAACUUAUGGGUAGAAACAUACGAUCUUACUGCCCUGAGAUGCGCAGCCGAAACUGUCAUAGGCCGUAAAAUUCCUGUCUCGUCCAGACUAUCUGGAGGAUCAACAAGCUCCGAUUGUGGAGAGCGUCAGCUACGCGCUGAACGAAGAGCGAUCGACGGAUACCUUGAUACGUUCUUGAUCCGCAAUGAGGAUGCCGUGCGCGUCAAGGCUGGUGUCGGCACAAUUGCCAGUAUUGCUAGAGCUAGCGAGCAUCACGGAGACGACUUUGGAACCCACGGCUGGUCCUGGAGAAGAACAGUUCUUCGAAGUUUGAUGCUCAUUAUGCUUCUAGAUAAGGCUAAGACUACAGACAUCCUUCCUGGUUGUCUAUUUCAAAUCUCGUCACCACACAAGACCUCUGCUACGGUGCUGCAAUCGUUUUCGACCAUGCUGUUGCCAUCUGUUGGCGAUGUUACCCGUCCCCUCGGACAUCUAAAUUAUCGCGUCGAGCACACUCAAUAUCCUCUACAAGAAUACACAUACCACGUCGAAAACCUAGCAACCGAUCUGCGAGACGGUGUGCUCCUCACGAGGCUCGUAGAGUUACUUUUAUAUCCUCCCUCUACUCUCGCAAAGCAACGAGACGAAACAGUCACAAUCACCAUGCCGAGCGGCGAGUUGUUGACGAGUAAUUUCGACCUAAAUCUAAAAGAGACAUGGAUCCUAUCCCAGCACCUCAAAUUCCCAAGCCUCGCUCGAGCACAGAAGCUAUACAAUGCUCAGAUUGCCCUAAGCGCCCUCGACGGUAUUAGAGGUAUCCCACACCGCGCAAUCUCAGACGUGAGACCGGAAGACAUCGUCGACGGCCAUCGCGAGAAGACCCUCAGUCUACUCUGGGCUCUUGUCGGCAAAUGGGGUCUCGGAGCUCUCGUCAAUUGGAGCGAUGUCGAGAAAGAGAUCGCUACAUUCCGACGCGCGUGGUAUGAGCAACACCCGGACCCGGAAUCCGACCUCUACUCCUCGGACGAGGAUACGACAUCACUGGAAGGUCUUGCCCAUCACAAGUACCUCCUAAAGAGUUGGGCAUACAGCAUCGCGCGCCUGCACGGCCUCCGCGUCUCAAACUUGACCACAUCCUUUGCAGACAGCAGAGUCCUCGAAGCGAUUGUGGAUGCCUACCUCCCCACAACUAUCGUCACCAGCACAUCAAUGUCCAAAUCGUCCAAUCGCAACGCAUCUCUAGCACCAAAGCUCAGAGCAGCCGGCUGUUCCACCGCUUUCGUCUCCCUCUUCGCUCCGUCCUCCAAAUCCGCCACGCCCAUUCCCUCGAAGGACUUCACGCUCCAAACUCUCACUUUCCUCGCCUCACGCCUUCCGCCACUCGCCCGCGCUCAUCAUGCUGCUGCUACUAUCCAGCGCUGCUUCCGCCUCUUUUUGGUACGCCGGACUGUAGGCCGCCGUGUCACGUUAAUGCGGUUGGCCGCAGAGUGCGCCAAGGUGGUUCGGACGAGAGAGAGGGUUGUGAAUGCCGCGACGGUGCUACAGAGGGGUUGGAGGAAGGUGCUAGACGAACGAAAAGAGAGAUUGCGGAAGGAUAUCACGGGUUUCCAGGCUCGUGCGCGCGGCUGGGCUGUGCGGAGAGCGCUGCGAGGUGCGCUUGCUGGCAAGCCAGGGUGGGGGAAGGUCAAGGAGAGGAGGGUGCGAGGGGGUUGGUAGGAUGGGAUGCUGUUAUGAGAAUUUGAUUAAUGGAGUGAGGGCUACUAUGGUGCUUUUGAUGUAUUCGUUUCAUCUGUCUCUCGUCUUUAGGGAGCGAUUAUAUUCUUUCGCUGUUUGGAUGGGUCUUCUGGAGACUAGCGACUACUAGGGUGUUUUGAUGAUUCACGAAACUUGUCUUGUUAUUCUUCUGGGUACGAUAGUCU